AUGCACGCGAAAAACAUGCAUGACCUAAAACAACUCACCGUGGCAUUCGACCACAUGGCUGACUCGACCGAGCUGGAUGAUCCAGACUGUCUCCCUAUAGAUUUAUGGAUGGCCUCCUCCGAGGUGGAUCAGAAGGCCUUGGGCAAUUUCGCGGCCGGAACGGCCCUCGAAAACCCUUGCUUGUCGGCAAUGCUGUAUAGAGUGUUGGGUGUCUCGGUGAUGCUUUCGAAGAAACUCAUUCGUGCCCGCAGGCUGCGUCGAUUGGAUGUCACGCGUGAGACCAAGUCGCUCCAGCUCUACCACCACAUCAUAUGGCUGUCGCGCGAAGGCCUCGUCAUACUGGAACAUUAUGUUUUACCCAUGGUAACCGCAUUUGUCGAAUUGAAGGUGCUAUCGUACAAGCUCCGCGCCUCAUUCUACCACAUCUUUGUGCUCUUUUACAAUCGGCCCGUUAUCAUUCCACCCGACGCCGAGCCGCCAGCCGAUAUGAAACGCGACUCGAUCUACAACCCGGACUCGUUGACAGCGCUGGAUGGAUCAGAUGCCAAGCAAAGCAAGAAGACAUCGCGACCUCCGGGCCUAGCACCUGUUCAACCGCCACAACCAGCUAUUUCAUUCCUCCUUCCUCCAUUGGACUACACGACAACUGCAACUGCAUGUUUCAAUCACGCCGCCAUGCUAGCAGACAAACUGCUUCCAGGCUCGCACCCCCUCCGUCUAUCCGUCAAAAUGGAAUAUGCGGCAUACCUAUAUGACUGCCUACAAGACCCAAUCUCGUCCCGCCGACUAGCAAAACGCGCCAUCGCCGAUGUAUACAAUGCCCAGGAAGGCAUGGACGACGAAAGCUUCGAAGAUGCCGCCGAGAUUGUCGGUGUACUGGGCAAGAUGGUCAAGCGUGGUUGGAAGGCUGGCAGCAGUACAGCCGGCAGCACUGUUUCUCGAGGCGAGCAGUCUCAAAGCCGGAGCAGUCGCAGCCCCUCACAUCUUGAUAUCAGUGUGCCUACGACUGUCUCCCCUAUUCCUGUCACCAAACCUACACCUGUCCCUUCCAGCAGUGCCGUCACAGAACCUGCGGUGCCGAGCGCGAAUAUGAUGAAUCCGAUUUAA